AUGGGUGGUGAAAUGUCACUUGUUUUACCACAUCUCUAUUUGGGUUCAUUAAAAGAUCGAACCAAUAGUGCAUUGAUGGUUAAAAAUAAAGUGAAACGUAUUUUAUGCGUUAUCGAUAUACCAGAUAUAAUUAUUGACAAAGAAGAGUAUAAACCAACACAUAUAUUGAAUAUUCAAGCAGCUGAUAUACAAGGACAAGAUCUUGCACAAUAUUUUGAAAAAUGUAUUGAAUUUAUUCAUCAAGCAAGAAUCGAACAUGAAAAUAUUCUUGUUCAUUGUCAAGCAGGAGUAUCAAGAAGUGCAACAAUUGUUUUAGCUUAUGUUAUGACUAUUGGAGAUUAUGAUGUUGAAAAAGCUCUUCAAAUUGUUAAAGGUGCUAGAGGUUAUAUUCAUCCAAAUCCAGGUUUUUUAUCUCAAUUAAAAAGAUAUUAUACAAAUGAUGUUAAAAAAAAUUGGUAUCGUUUAACACGACGUUAUCCUGCUUAUAAAUUUGAUUAUGAUGAAAAUUUUGUUAAAAGUUCCUUAAAUAUCUAUUGGCAACAAUUUGAACCGGCUUUUAUUGCUGAACCAGUUUAUUGGUCGAUGUAA